AUGUGUGCUGUCAAUCUGUUAGCUCGUGGCAAGGUAAAGCAGCAUUGUCUGACAUUCGGUGACGUGAUCGUUGCGUCUGCGGCUGAUCCAGCGCUCAAGUUGCAAGGAGAGUGUAUGGUCAACGCUACUGACAGCUUUCGUCGACUGUAUUCACAUACCUGUCACAAGCACUGCUUCAACCAUGAAGAGUCCAAAACUGGUGACGAGAUUGGCCACUGCCAGAAAUGCAAGAAAUGGAACACGAAGGACAAAUUUGCAAAUCUUCCACAACCUACCAUCGCAACCAAGAUCAAAAAGAGUCUGAUCAGCAACCUCGGCAACACGGCGUUGACGCAGAUGUUGAUUAUGAUGUUCUGUAGCCUUGCACUUCUUACCGCUUCGCUGACGGCUGCUGUGCUCUUGGGAUCUUCUGCUACUCGCCGGAACCGUUAUUGUCAGAAGCAUGGGCCUGAUGCUCCAGAUUUUCGGGGAUGCCACAUGAGCUCAACGGAGUAUUUCGAAUCGAUAUCCGGCGGCUUUGGAGGCUUCAACCGCUCUUUAACAGUCACUUCCCUUACUCCAGAUAACCUGUCCAACGAAUUCAUCGCGUUCGGCAUCUCCAACGCUGCACAGUUCAUAUACUCCCUUCUCUAUCUUAUGAUGAUAUACAACAUCACACUCAUAUCGCAAGAAUCCGACUGGGGUAAACUCGAAUACCGCCGCAAACGCAUCCGCACAACACUCGUCUCUGGUACCUCUUUCAACCAGACUUACCUGCUGCAACUGCCCAAGAAGAUCCUCUUUCCCAUCAUGGCCUAUUCUACCCUUACGCACUGGAUGCUCGGCGAGGCCUUGCAAGCGCAUGAAGCUAUCUGGAUCGAACAUAGCCCAGGACGACACGUCGAGCACUCCAAAUACAUACUGAAGUGGGCUGCGUAUCCUCUGUGGUUCGCAACAUUUCUGAUCCUUUUGAUGACAGCUGUGUGCUGGUGGGCUUUUACGUAUAAGCGCGAGGGUUUUAUUCCGCAGAUGUUUGGCAGCGUGAGAGUGAUCAUGGCAUCGACGACGUCACUGGACGGAUUUCCGGAUAAUGGGAUCCAGUGGGGGGAUUUGGGUGGUGAGGGAGAGCGGUUCAGACAUGCAGGUUUGAGUGCGGAAGACGUGGGAAAGAUUGAACCACAUGAGUUAUAUGCUGGAGUUGAAGAGAAAGAGGAACCAGUAGACGGAGAUGAUGAAAAGAAAAGGCUCUGA